CUCCUCUCUCUCUCUCUCUCUCUCUCUCUCUCUUCCUAAGCUUUUUGUUUUCUCUCUCUCUCUAUAACUUUAGAGAGAGGAAAGCCUCCAUUUUUUCUCUCUAGGCAAAUCUCUCUCUCUCCUUUGUUUCAUAAACCCCAUUAUACACAGACCAAAGCAAAAAAAAAAAAAAAAAAAACCCACCAUUGUUACACUGUAAUAGAGAGGAGAGGAGAGGAAAAAAGAAAUGGAUGGUGUAUCACCAAAGUUCGUGUUGCCGGAGACAUUCGACGGGGUGAGGAUGGAGAUCACAGGGCAACUAGGCAUGAUCUGGGAGCUAGUGAAAGCACCAGUGAUUGUUCCUCUUCUCCAAUUAGCUGUUUACAUCUGUUUGGUAAUGUCUGUGAUGCUUUUGUGUGAGAGGGUUUACAUGGGGAUCGUCAUCGUCCUCGUCAAGCUCUUCUGGAAAAAACCCGACAAACGUUACAAGUUCGAUCCCAUUCACGAUGAUGAAGAGCUCGGUAGCUCCAAUUUCCCUGUUGUCCUCGUUCAAAUCCCCAUGUUCAACGAACGAGAGGUAUAUAAGCUAUCAAUAGGAGCGGCGUGUGGACUCUCUUGGCCGUCCGAUCGUCUCGUGAUUCAAGUGUUGGAUGACUCAACAGAUCCUACUGUUAAGCAAAUGGUGGAAAUGGAGUGCCAAAGAUGGGCAAGUAAAGGAAUCAAUAUAAGGUAUCAAAUAAGAGAGAACAGAGUUGGUUACAAAGCCGGGGCUUUAAAGGAAGGACUCAAACGUAGCUAUGUCAAACACUGCGAGUAUGUUGUCAUCUUCGACGCCGAUUUCCAACCCGAACCGGACUUUCUCCGCCGUAGCAUCCCUUUCCUCAUCCACAACCCCAACAUUGCCUUGGUUCAGGCUCGAUGGCGGUUCGUGAAUUCUGAUGAAUGCUUAUUGACAAGGAUGCAAGAAAUGUCGUUGGAUUACCAUUUCACUGUUGAGCAAGAAGUCGGUUCUUCUACACAUGCUUUCUUCGGCUUCAACGGAACCGCCGGAAUCUGGAGAAUAGCGGCGAUUAAUGAAGCCGGAGGGUGGAAAGAUAGGACCACCGUGGAAGAUAUGGACCUCGCCGUCCGAGCAAGUCUUCGCGGCUGGAAAUUUCUCUACCUUGGUGACCUUCAGGUGAAAAGUGAGCUUCCAAGUACUUUUAGAGCCUUCCGUUUUCAGCAACAUAGAUGGUCUUGUGGACCUGCUAAUCUCUUUAGGAAGAUGGUUAUGGAGAUCGUAAGAAACAAGAAAGUGAGAUUCUGGAAGAAAGUGUAUGUGAUUUACAGCUUCUUCUUUGUGAGGAAAAUCAUUGCACAUUGGGUCACAUUUUGCUUCUACUGCGUUGUUCUUCCUCUUACCAUCCUUGUCCCUGAAGUUUAUGUUCCGAUUUGGGGUUCUGUUUACAUCCCUUCCAUCAUUACUAUCCUCAACUCCGUGGGUACUCCAAGGUCGAUUCAUUUGCUGUUCUAUUGGAUUCUGUUCGAGAAUGUGAUGUCGCUGCACCGGACAAAGGCCACUCUCAUUGGUCUGUUUGAGGCAGGAAGGGCUAACGAAUGGGUUGUGACUGCUAAGCUUGGAAGUGGUCAGAGCGCUAAAGGAAACACAAAAGGGCUCAAAAGGUUCCCCAGGAUCUUCAAGUUGCCUGAUCGAUUGAAUACAUUGGAGCUUGGAUUCGCUGCCUUCUUGUUCGUGUGUGGGUGCUAUGACUUUGUGCACGGGAAGAACAAUUACUUCAUCUACUUGUUUCUUCAGACAUUGUCUUUCUUCAUCAGUGGGCUUGGCUGGAUCGGGACAUAUGUCCAGUAGAGUUGUGCUCUUUGUCAGGGAGGAAAAAGACAAGGUUUAUUAUUAAUUUUCUGGGGAAAUAAAAGACAAUUUUCAUGGAAAAUGACGGUUUUGUGGGGAAGAUAGAGAGAGGGAGACGUACCGGUAACAAAGUAGGGAAGACCUUUAUCACAGAGACAAGGGAAAGAGGAGAAGCUCCAAAGUGUUCUUUUGAUUUAUUUUUAAAAUUUUCUGUGUUUUUACUUUUUAUUUAUAAAUAUUUUAGCUAUGGGAUUUGUGAGAUUUUUAUUUUAUUUUUUCCUUUGGGUUUUUGGUUUUUUUUUUUAAAGUGUUAGUUUUGUUUUUCUUUGUUGUAGAAUUCAAGAUUCUGCGUGAGUUACAUGUGUUCGACUGAUGCAAGGGGUCAAAAUUCCCUAAUUAUCAUCAACAAUUAUCAAAUUUUAUAGUAUUUAAUUUACGAUUAGUGAAUGUAUUUA